UUCAGUGUUCUAGCCAUUGAAGGGAAGGUCAGAAAUCCUUCUACACGCGCGCAUCAUGUGGCGGUAACGCGGGCUGCAAUGAAAACCCAGAACAAGAACACAAAAGACAGCUAGCGGCCCUAUUAUGUUGCUGUGCGCGGGCCACCCAUACGGCCAAAACACGCAGAUCCCGCGCUCAGUGACGCAUGGUAUAAAGAACCACCUCAAGUACAGAUCGGCAUUCGCAUUCAGUGAAGCCACUCUCGGAGUUCACCCAUUCAGCAUGGCAGAACGCCACAAUCCUUCGCAACUGGACGUACAUAUCGAACAUCUGGAAGGAGAAUUCGCGCCGCAAUUGAUGUACGAAGAAGACUCACUGAUCACAGUGUCAGCGUCAGCGCCUGCGAUCCCAGCCCAACCAGGUCAUGAAACGACUGAGGAUUGGAACAUGGAACAAUGGUUUGCGGGCCUACCUUCUGGAGAUUUGCUACUGGACUAUGACCUCCCGAUGUUAUUUGACGAGCCGAUAGACGUGGAUGUCAAUGGUGAAGAGUUUCUGGCCGCCUUCACACAAGCGAUAAUGGAGGCGCCGCCACUUGGUGGCCGUGCCAUACGAUUCUGUGCAGUCUGGGCAGGCAGCACUGUCGGAGUCCGAGUUGGGACUGCAGCAGUUCCUCAAGAGUUUCCAGAGCUCUACGGCGACGUCAGACUCCGACCUUCCGUAUAUGCUGGAUCUACCCAGUAUUGGCACGUCCGCUGACGUCCUCCAGCAAACAACUGUGGACCAGAAUGGAGGACAGCAUGACUGAGGAAACGGACGCGCGAAUUUGAAGAUACAGUAUCCGCCCUCGUCGACGUGUCGACGGACUCCUCACAAAGCCCAAGUUGCACGUUUUCCGUCUCCAGGGCGGUGAUGUGCCAUCCUGCGCCACAAUUAACAUUGUACUUUUUGAUUUCGCAUUUUACAUACCGAGGAUGUAAUAUGCAGAUGCUUCUUCGCU